AAGUGAGUCUAAACAAUGAGUCUAGAAGCUGUACUGAAGACUGUCGGGUCGCAUUUCCUUAGUCUGUCUGAGCGAAUGUUUGUGUACGGAUCCCAAGGCAAACUGAUGCUGAAGAAUCUUGAAGAACACUGGUUCUCUCACUGCGUCACAAUGCCGCAUUAUAACGUGUUUCCAUGUGACACAAUCGCAGAUACAUUGCAGCAACUGCGAAGUAACUCGAUGGAUAUGCUGCCAUUUGCACUUGCCACCCUGGGGACAUCAUCCAAGAGCGUGUGGAACGAGUCUUUGCUGUCAGUGGGCAAGGUACCAUCUCACAGAAUCGCCAAGAUUAAUGUGUUCGUUGAUGCGUCGGAUUCAAAGGAUCUGCUGCAUAAGAAGCAAAGAGAGCGCAAAGUAUGGUGGCGCAAACUUGCCCAGCAUCCCUCGAGAUUCGUCCUCGCCGAGGCAAAGAAGACGAGGAAUCUGGAUGUGACGGAGAUAGAGGCGCAGUUUCCCUUUGGAAAUAUCAUCGUGGAAACAAUCACUCAUUAUCCCGGCGUACGCAAGUUAUACCCUCAGACUGAAAAUAAUAAAGAUAAUGUUAUGGAUGUGCAUAUGAUCGAGCAUAUCGCUUCCAUGGAUUGGGGCUGCUUGGCGUUAUUCUGUGACAGCCAUAUGCUGAAUAAAUCAACUAGAGCGUAUAUUCAUCCUAAGUUAUGCCCAUACAAAAUCACGUUCCACAUAGGAAAACAGGAAAAUGAGACUGAUUCAGAUAUAGAAGACUUGAAUCGCUUUGUGCUAUACUUAAACAAUAUGCUUAGGACGAGAGGGAUCUCUACCAUAUUGACAAAUACAGAACAAAUCGUAGAAAUGUGCCUAAUACCGUACGUCGUGUCAGUGGAUAAGACUAGUCUUAAGAAUGGCGUUGUACAUGUAAAAAAUCGAUCAACGACGCUUAGUGAGGCAGUUCACAUUACUGACUUGGUAAAGUAUAUUAGUUUGCGUUCUUCUUGAAUUACCAUAGUGGCAA